UCUCCUAUCAUUGGGGUUUUUUGAUUUUUUGGGGUAAUUUUUUGGUAUCUUUCACGUAACGAUGUAAGGUAGUCUUCUUUCCAAUAUUUCCAAAAUAAUUUUGAUGCGGUGCUAAGCUUGGACCACAAAUUAAGCAAGUGUGAUGGGUCACUGGGGGGCAAGGGAUUGUAAGUAGGAUCUUCCAGUGCGUCGGUAUUUGGGAAUGGCAAAGGUUUAAUUUCUCUUAAUGGCUGCAGAAAAUUGAUUGGGCAAAGUGGCCGAGGAUCUGCUGGAUUUGAGGAGUCAAAAGUAAUUGGCCUGCUAUUUAUUAUUGUGGUUAUUUCUGUUAAGCAAGUGCGCACUGAGUUUAACGAAUUAAUUUUUGGGUAAAUGCCUUUAGAGAGUGUCCGUUUUAGAUGAUGCUUGAUUAUUGCCAUAAUUCUUUCAUAAAAACCACCUUUCCAAGCUGCCAUUGGACAUCGAAAUUUAAAUUUUAUUGCGCUAAAUUUUGGGUCGGAUUUAGCUGCGUGCAGAUUUAAUACCUUUUUUGUGUGAUUAAAAGUCGGGGCGUUAUCGCAAAAUAUCGUUUUUGGAUCGUGAUUGGCUAAAAAUCGCCUUAGACUUUCAAAAAAUGACUGAGUUGUUAGGUCGGGGUCUAUGUCUAGAACAAUUGCACGGGUGACAAGGCAAACAAAGACCGCUAUCCAAAUUUUUGUCUGUUCGCUUUUCUUUUUAUUUCGCCUAGCAUCGGCGCUUUUAGCUGAGAAUUCUGAGCAGGUAUGGACGUAUAUCGGCCCACAAAAAUCUAGUCCGACGAAGGUAAAGGGAGGAGCAGGAUUUACUCGUUCAGCGGGGAGUGGGGGAAAAUUGGGUAAAUCGAAUGGUUUGGCAGUAUAUCGGCGGCAGGUAAAGCAAUUAUUGUGUAAUAUGUGGGUUACUGUGCGGCGCCCGCUUGGGAUCCAAUAAUUUCUUCGGAUGAGUGCCAGUGUCUGUAAAGGACUAGUAUGUUGCCCUAGUAGGUGAGUUUCGCAAACAAUGAGCUUAGUCAAUUCAGAAUGUGGUGGCAAAUAAAUGGGGAAUUUAGUUGAAUUAGGCAAGCAACUAUUGGACAUUCUUCCUUUACAACGUAAUAAGAGGUCAUUUCCUUUAAAUAUGCCGAGAGAUAAGCAGGCACUGUCGUCAGGUGGCAUUCGCUCUUGCUCUAGUUUUAGAAGAAUGGAAAGCGAAGCGUUUAUUUCCUUUGGGCUGAUUGUUCGGGAGGAGGAUCGGAAAACGUCGCUAUUUGCAUAAAGAGUGAGCGGAGUAUUUUUUGUCUUGGCAAUAAAUCGCAAGGCAUAUGCUGUAAUUCGCAAUAGGUGUGGGAGGCGAGAGAACCGAAAAAUUGGGAAAACAGGUUCUUCUAUAGUAAUUGCGUUGGAAAAUGAAUAAAUCUCUAGAGGGGCUGUCGGGGGCAAUUUUUCAAUUUUAUUUUUAAAUAUUUCAGAUGAAAAUUUUUUAACUUGCGGGUGUUCUGGCCAAUCAGAAGAAGUCAGCCAGCUUGGGCCAUACCACCACAAAUGGUUAUUUUGAAAAGCAUUGAUGUCCAUUUCGCCCCUUGUGGCUAGGUCCGCGGGGUUUUCCUUUCCAAUUACGUGUUGGACGAUUAAAUUAUUAGUGGAUCGUAUUUCAGAAAUUCUGUUGUUGACAAAAAUGUCGUUGAUUGUUUCAGUAUUAUUUAGCCAGUUAAUUACCGUUGAAGAGUCAGUCCACAGAAAAUACUUCUCUUCAAGUUUAAUAGAGGGGGAGAGGUGUUUUUGCACGAAAUUGAGGGCCCGAGUUGCAAUUAGUGUUCCCAACAAUUCUAGUCGGGGAAUAGUGUAUGGGGAAUUUUUAGCUUUAGCUUUUGGUUUUACUUUAAUUUUCGAGAAAAGUAGCGAGGUUUCUACCUCGUUUUUAGUUAGAUUUGUGGUCCUUAAGUAAAUUGCUGUAGCGAAGGCGAUCUGCGAAGCGUCUGAGAAAGCGUGUAAUUGGAAGGUUAUAUUAGUCGGAUCAAAGGAAAAAUUCCUACGGGGAAUUUUAAUAGAGGAGGCAUUCCAAUUUUUGUUUAAUUUGGUCCAUUCCUUAACAGCUUCUGUAGGUAAUUCAGUGUCCCAUCCGAGCGAGGGAGUAAUAUUCCAAAGCGAUUGCAUGAAUAUUUUUGUCGGUAACAAUAAGGGUCCGAUCAGUCCAAGAGGGUCAAAAUGUGAGGCAAAGA